AUGAGCCUGACCGUAGCAAUGUGUCGAUUAUUUGUUAUUAUUGCAAACAUUUUGACAACGAUUUCCGGUUUGAUUCUUAUCGGUUUGGGUCUCUAUGGGUUAUUUUCUCCGGAAAUGCGUUUCUAUUCAAAUGCAUUUCCAUUGGCAACUAUCAUACUUGGAAUAUUAGUAUUCGUGAUUUCUAUAACUGGAUGUUUGGGUGCAAUCGCCGAGAAUAGACCUACUUUGAUUACUAUUGAAAUAAUUCUUGAUAAAUCUUGGGAUAAAGCUUACAAAGAACAUCCUUCAAUCAUUCGUGACAUUGAGGACGAGUAUUCAUGUUGUGGAUUUAGAAACACUACUGAUCGUGCAAUUCUCACGCUAAUCUUUUCAUACAUUUUGAUCACCUAUUUGCCAACUCCUGAAGAACGAGAACGUGAAUAUCGUGCCGAACAUGAAAGACUCGUUCGAAGUUAUCGUGACGAUUCGUCGGCUAAAACUCGUGAUUCCCAUAAAUAUGGGAGUGGGAUGUUUGCACAAAAUACUGUUCAAUUCAAUUCAAGCGUAAGAAAUUUAGAGUACGAUAACUUAUCUAAACUUAAUAAUGCCGCCGAAGAUCCCAGUUUUCCCGUGCUGAAGAAAAGGUGGGCUUGUGAAUAA